CUCUGCACAAGUCAGCAGCUUCACUUCCAGCGCAGGCAGAGUCUUGUCCUCCAUCCUUCAGCAGGCCUGUGCAGCUCCAGACAGCAUGUCAAACUCGGACAGGGUUGUGUUAGCUCUGGGAGGAGCGGGGACAGUGGGCUCUGGGAUAGUUAAAGCGUUGCUGGAUAAAGGUUUUAAAGUGGCAGUGAUCUCCAGAGACAACAGCCGACUGGAGAGACUCCGAUCAUUCAUCUCUCCCAACACAAAGGAUAACCUCACCACUAUAGUGGGGAAUGUGGGGUCGGAGGAGGGAGCGGAGCAGGCGAAGCAGGCCCUGCUGAAGGCUGUGGGGAAGGUGACUGACAUCGUUUCCUCUUUGGGCUUCAGCUGGUGGCAGGGAGGACCCCCCCACACCCAGUCUCUCAAAGACCUACACUGGGUGAUUGAGACAUUACUUUUUAGCACGUUUGUGUCGUGGAAGGCCUUCUUCCCCUUGGUGAGGGACGACUCCAGCUGUACCUACACCUUCAUAACAGGAGGAGCAGGAGAAAAGCUGCUGAUGCCUGGGACGGGCUUCCUGACAGUGGGAGCUGCCAGCACCCUGGCCUUCUGCCAGGUGCUACGAGAGGAGUACCCCGAGGUGCCCUGUAAACUCAACCAGGUGAAGAUCAACACAGGUGUGGGCACUCCAGAGCGCAUGGGACCUGGUUACCUGAACCACCUGGACCUGGGUGAAGCUGUCGCCACCCUUGUGGAAAGACGAAACACCUCCCACACCGUCUUCACCGUCAGCUGCCCCGCAGACUUAAAAACUGUCCUUCUGGAGAAGAACCUUUAGACAUGGAAACCCUUCCUCCAGGUCCACCUUAACGUCACAGGGACACAUUUACACUCCUUCUGCUUCUGCUCUUACUGAACUUUCCAGAAACACAGCUACAGUAUCUCUGGUCCAUCUGUUUUCUUCUCCCACCACUCUCAGCCCUGUCCCUGUGCAACUUUAUAUGAAUUGUAUAUUGUUGUUUCAACUAAUAGUGUAUAUUCUGCUGCCUGAUGUUAGAUCGCUAGCAGCUGUUUUCUCUGCAUGUGCUGUUGUGUGAUGUUUGUAAAAAAAAAAAAAAACAAAAAAAAAACCACAGGAUUUAUAAUACUCAGCUUCUCAUUGUUGCCUGCUUCCAUACAAAUAUUAUCACACACUUCUGUUGUGUCUUCUACACUGUUGGAUGACAUGAUACCAAAUAUAACACACUGUUUCCUUCCUGGAUCUGCUAAAUACAUUUGGUAUGAAACUAGAAAUCUUAAGGCCAAACUGUUGGUGAGAACAGGUGAAGACUGAGGCAAAGGGAGGAAGGACCAGUACAGCAACUGCUUCUUAUACAACAGCUCGAAGAAGAAGAGGGUGGCUGGUUGUAGAGGAUCUGAUCAUUUUAGACCUUUGGAGCUAUGGAUGCCUGUUGUGUUCCGUGUUAGCAUGAACAUGAGGACGCACAUGUACACACUUGACCAAUCCUUUAUGCUAUUCCACUGACUGACAAGUGGCAGUAACUGCCAAGACAAGCAAUGUGCAAGCACAAAGAAAGGAGGAGGUCUGCUAGUUAGCAAACAUAUAUGUAAAUAAUGCAGGUCGUUAAGACUUUGACAAAAACGUUUUGUGAGAAGGAGAUAAAGAAAUAAAGGCUAAAAUUACAACGUGUUUGAAGACUGGAGGUAAUACUGCGCUUACACUUAGUGACCUGAGAUGUUUAGGACUUUGAAAAUACUGGAGACAGACAUAGAAAAGUUGAGAGAGAUUCAGGACGGUCUAUGCUGGGGACGUUGAUAUGCUGGAGAAAUAAAGAGUUGUAAAAACAGGAGAGGUGAAUUAUCUUCACAUCCUGUGACCCUUUAGAGGUUCACUGUGCUUGAAAUGAAGUCAUUCGUACGAUGUGUCGUCUGACCACAGCCACAAACCACAAAGAGGAAUGUGUUUACACCUGGUCCAAACGGCCACAUUCGAAGCCUGGCAUCACAGCCUCCAGCGGCUGAACUCUACUUGGUUGUGCACAUAAAACGUGACAGAAGUAACAGAAGAACAGAAAAAAAGCACUAGAGAAAAGUUCAAAUCCUGCAUUCCUUUGUCACUGAAACACACAGUUUCAGAUGCUUUUAGAAAAACUGAAGCACGUUGACUCCUGAAAGGUCUGGACAUGUUUGAAAUGAUCAAAUUCAUACGACGUGCCAAAGUCAUUGUGAAAAGAAUCAAGAAAGAGCUCAAAUCCCACCUACUGUCUCACCUGGCCAAGUGCUGCAUGAAGUGGGUGUGAUUGUAAGAUUGUUGGUUUUGGACAUCAGACUUCCUGGGGAAGUCCGGUGUCAGAUAGGUGUGUGGGGGGGGGGGCAUUUUAGCCUCCUUGUAAAGCUUUUAUUAUGUAAUAAAUAAAGCUUAAAUACGCAUUCAAGUACCAAUAAACAAGAUA